AUGGCAGAGGGAAGAAGCAUGAGUGCAAUAGUUGUUGUAUCGUUGUGCAUGUUGGUGCUUUGCUCUGACAUGGCUCAUGCAGCCCUCUUUGUGGUUGGAGGUAGAGAUGGUUGGACUACAACCGUGUCUUCUUGGACCGCACAGGUUUAUAAGGCUGGUGAUAAAUUAUUGUUUUACUACGAUCCGAAGAAACACAACGUGGUGGUAGUGGACCAGGGAGGAUACAACUCGUGCACUGCUCCGGCAGGAGCAAAAACGUAUAAUACAGGACAUGAUUAUAUUCAGCUACAGAAAGGAUCAAGCUACUUCAUUUCCUCUAUUCCUGGUGAUUGUCAAGCUGGGACGAAAGUUUCAGUUACUGUUCAAUAA